ACUGCAUUGUUAGUGGAAGUUGUUUGCAAGGUCGAUGACAGCGGUGAGCGAUGAACGACGAACUAAUGACCCAGAUACAUCUUCGUAGAUAUAUCUAAGUCGUUAGACAAACACAGCACAGCAUACGGUUAGAAUAUAUGAUCCCAGAAAAGUGACGUUAUUCUGGCGUGAGUGUCGUCAUAGCGGUUACGUAACACGUGAUAAGAAGGGGUCAAGCACGGUAUUGGAGUUGGAAGGCACAACGUCAGGGCGGUCCUUCGCAGGUCUUCUGAUCCCAAGGAAAACUUCAUCAAAGAUAUCAUUUAUUGCGAACCAGGGAUAUGGGUGGAAGCGGUCAAGCCAGUUAUGACGAUGCUCACGACCCUAAAUACGGACCUCCCCAUCCUGUUCCCAUAGUGACAGCCAAUGAGACAUCCUUAAAAGGCUACGGAACUAUUGUGACGUCAUAUGACGACACAGAAGUGGAGAUCUCGACAUGGCCACAGCCCGGGUGGCGACCGAUCUGCCCGGGCACUGGGAAUCAAGGGGGCAUCACAGGCGGGGAGUUUACCUACCUCUGGGACGGCGACUUGUGUCUAGCCACCAACAAAGCUGUCCCCGAUGGCGAUUACGUCAUCGGUCGUCUCCCUGCCAACGUAUCACGUGACAAGCGCACGCACGUGUUGGUCCGAGAGGCCAACUACCACCCAGACGGGGGCCAGGUGUUCUUCCCUCAAGACGGCAGCCCAUUCGUGGCCUUACUCGCUCUUCCAGGAGACGACAUUGGUUUGAACGAUUUCCGCGCUUUCUACUUUGAUGGCAGUUUUGGGUUCCAGAUUCACGCCGACAUUUGGCACCAGCCCAUUUACCCUGUCAACGACUCCGCUGUCUUCCUGGGCAAACAGGGAAAGGUUCAUGCGUGCGUUGUAGUCGACACGGUUGAAGAGUUUGGAAAAUAUCUUCUUGUACCUCUGACGUGUGAGCAAUAGCAAAAAGCUAGUACGCGCCGCUUCGAGGUUAGGCCUAUUUCUUGUUUCUAAGGAAAACGGUCAUUUUGAAAAUGAAACUGCUGCAUUCUGAUGAAAAUUGAUCCGUGUAUUAAUGUUACUCAUAAUGAUGAAAUUUUAAAACUUUUCAAUUUCUACACUAUAACUGACAGCGUAUCCGUAA